AUGGUGGCUGAGGUGACGGUUCUGAAGGACCUGCAGGGUGCCCUGGAGCAACAGCGCAUGAGCUUGGAGGCAUUGCACCGCAGGCAGUCUGAGCUCAGCGAGGAGAAUGCUGCGCUUCGCGAAUGCCUCGAGUCACUCGGCAUCCUCUGCGGACAGGCAUUCCUGAGCCGCUUGCACCGGCGACGCUUAGAGCGAGUCCUCAGCCGGCACCCGAUGUCGCAGACGCAGGCGACACUCGAGGCGGUCCUGAGAACGUCAGAGCUGGCAGUGACCGUGGCCAGCUACAGCGGGCCUUCGUUCUGCCAAUCACGCGCAGCUGCUCGAGGGAUAUGGGUAAGCACGCCCGAGUUGGAUCGCUUAUUCCCGGCUUCUAUCUAUGUGGUAGGAGGAGCUGGCAGCGUGUCGAACCGGCCCUUGCGCACGCUAGAAUGCUUCAGCCCAGCGACGAAACAGUGCGAGACCCGAGCCCCCAUGUUGCAGCCGCGCUGUGUCUGUGCAGCCGUUGCCUGCGGCGAUGCGAUCUACGCGAUAGGAGGGCGCGGCGUAGAUGGACAGUCGCUUGACAGCGUGGAGUGCUACUACCCUGCCAAGGACGUCUGGGUACCGGCUCCGCCUCUGAAGAGCUGCAGCGGCUGGCUGGCGGCCACCGGUGCCUGGGGAGGAGUUUGCGUGGCUGGCGGCGAUCGGGAUGAAGCAAACCUCGACUACCUCGACUCCGUAGAGUUCUUCCAGCCAUCGUUGCGCUGCUGGAUUCCACUGCCGCCGAUGGGCACAGCGCGGUGGGCAUCAGCGGCAGCAUUCACGGCAUCAGCGGCGCCAUUCACGGAGGGCGCAGCCUUCGUGGCUGGAGGCUACGGCCGCGGCGAGAAGUUCGGCGAGAAGGUGCUUUCCAGUGUGGAAUGUCUCGCCUUGGGCUCGAAGGGGUGGCGGAGACUGCCCUGCUUGCCCAGCCCCAGAGCAGCCCAUGCCAUGUCUGCGGUUGCGGGCAAGCUCUACGUGGCGGGCGGCCUUGGUCUCAAGGACCAGCCCUUGUACUCCGUGGAGCGCUUCGAUCUUCACCUGGGCCGCUGGGAGGUGGGCGGAAAUGACACUGACAGACAGUGCUCUCCCGACUCAGGAGAAGCGUAG